AUGAAUACUAAUUUAUCCAAAGAUGAUAAAGAUUUUUUAAAAAAUAUUAUAAAAGAUUUUUAUCGUAAAAUUAUUGAAAUGAAAGAUUUUAAUAAUUUUGAAGAUAUUUUCAGUGAAUGGAUAAUAAAUUAUCUUGAAAUAAAUAAUAAAGAUUCAAAAAAAAUUCUUGAAUUAAUGGAAAAUCAUAAAAAAAGUAAAUUUUGGUUUACAAGUAUUAUAGGAAUUUUUUAUCAAUUUGGUAUUGGAAAUUAUUUAGAUAAAAAAAAAGCGCUAGAAUUAUAUCUAUUGACUAUUAAUAUCGAAAUUGAAAAAAAUAAUUUAAAUGAAGAAUUUAAUAAAUUACAUUUAAUUGAAGUAAAUAUUAAUUCAUUUAACUCGUUAAAAAAUAAGAAUAUAAUCAUUGGGAAAUAUUUAUUAUCAUUAUUCUAUUAUAAAGAUAUUAUUUUAGAUAUAGAAGGCUUUAAUUAUAAUCAUCGUACAGAAAAUAGUAAUCAAAAUGAAUCAAUAAAGCUUUUAAAACUAGCUAAAGAAGGUAAUUCGGAUGCACAAUAUAAUUUAGCGAUUUGUUAUAUGGAUGGAUUGGGAAUACAAAAGAAUGAAAAAAGAGCCUUCGAUUGGCUUUUAAAAUCUGAACAAAACGUGUUACGUAAAUUAGUUAGCAUCGAUAGUGACCAGCAUUUGGAUGAGUUAACUAACUAUAAAUGCCUACCAAAUUCAAAUGAAUGGAUAAAAUAUAUUCUUGAAAGUAACAACAAAAAUCCUGAAAAAGUUCUCAAGAUAAUGGAAAAUCAUAAAGAAAAUAUUAUUUUAGAUAUCAAUUAUAAACAAAACAAAUUAGCAAUUAGCCUAAAGUUAGCUAAAAAGGGUGAUUUAGAAGCACAAUAUAAUUUAGCAAUUUGUUAUAUGGAUGGAAAAGGAAAAAUAACUCAACUGCACAAAAUAAUAUGGGAAAUUUUUAUAAGUAUGGUAAAGGAACAGAUAGAAAUGAAAAAAAAGCAUUUGAAUGAUAUUAUUUUAGAUAUCAAUUAUAAACAAAACAAAUUAGCAAUUAGCUUAAAGUUAGCUAAAAAGGGUGAUUUAGAAGCACAAUAUAAUUUAGCAAUUUGUUAUAUGGAUGGAAAAGGAGUAACUACAGAAGCUAUUCAGGUAAUUGGAACUACGUAUCUCAUCCCACAAGAUAUUAUUUUAGAUAUCAAUUAUAAACAAAAUAAAUUAGCAAUGAGCCUAAAGUUAGCUAAAAAGGGUGAUUUAGAAGCACAAUAUAAUUUAGCAAUUUGUUAUAUGGAUGGAAAAGGAAUUUUUAAUAAUUUUGAAAAAAUUUCAAAUAAAUGGAUAAAAUAUAUUCUUGAAAGUAACAACAAAAAUCCUGAAAAAGUUCUCAAGAUAAUGAAUUUUGGUUCACAAGUUUUAUAG